CGUCGUGACAAGCAUGGCGCCUCGCAUACGCUGAUCGCCGUUUCGUCGUUUUGAUGCCAGCGCAAAGAAGAAUUCCGUUAUAACGCACCACACCUGUUGCAUCGUGAACUUCGUCGAUUAUCUUUAUUCGCUAGGUUUUCAAUUUAGAAUCUACCAUGGCUAGUUCAAGCGGGACGAAGCCCCAGAAAAUCCCGAAAGUUGCAAAGGUCAAGAACAAAACGCCGGCUGAAAUUCAAAUCACAGCCGAGCAACUUCUUCGUGAGGCCAAGGAAAGAGACUUGGAGAUCUUACCACCGCCGCCAAAGCAAAAGAUCUCUGACCCCGAAGAGUUAGCAGAAUACCAGCUGAGAAAACGAAAGGCCUUUGAGGACAGCAUCCGCAAGAACCGAUCUGUCAUCAGCAACUGGAUCAAAUAUGCUCAGUGGGAAGAGAGUCAAAAGGAAAUACAGAGGGCUCGCUCGGUGUACGAGCGGGCUUUGGACGUGGACCAUCGAAAUGUUACCCUUUGGCUGAAGUAUGCUGAGAUGGAAAUGAAGAACCGCCAGGUGAACCACGCGCGCAAUAUCUGGGACCGCGCCGUGUCCAUCCUGCCCCGGGUGAAACAGCUGUGGUACAAGUACACCUACAUGGAAGAGAUGCUGGGAAACAUCGCCGGUUGCCGACAGGUCUUCGAGCGCUGGAUGGAAUGGGAACCCCAUGAGCAGGCCUGGCAGACGUACAUCAACUUUGAGCUGCGUUAUAAGGAACUCGACAGGGCCCGUCAGAUCUACGAACGAUUUGUGAUGGUUCAUCCGGACGUUCGGCACUGGAUCAAGUAUGCCAAGUUUGAAGAGCACAACAGCUACAUCAACAAUGCACGGCGCAUCUACGAACGUGCCGUCGAGUUUUUCGGCGAAGAAUACAUGGACGAAAGACUGUUUGUUGCCUUCGCCAAGUUCGAGGAGAACCAACGGGAGCACGACCGCGUGCGAGUGAUCUACAAGUACGCCCUGGACCACAUCCCCAAGGAGAAAGCGCAGGACCUGUUCAAGAACUACACCAUCCACGAAAAGAAGUACGGUGACCGGGCCGGCAUCGAGGACGUCAUUGUCAGCAAGCGCAAGUACCAGUACGAGGAGCAAGUCAAGGAGAACCCACUCAACUACGAUGCCUGGUUUGACUACUUGCGGCUCAUGGAGAGCGAGGGCAACGUUGACUCGACGCGGGAGACCUACGAGCGGGCCAUUGCCAACGUGCCGCCGUCGCGGCUCAAGCGCUUCUGGCGACGCUACAUCUACCUCUGGAUCAACUACGCCUUGUACGAGGAGCUAGAGGUGGGCGACGCCGAGCGCACGCGCGAGGUGUACCGGGCCUGCCUUCGCCUGCUGCCCCACAAGACAUUCACCUUUGCCAAGGUGUGGCUCCAGGCGGCCCACUUCGAGGUGCGCCAGAAGAACCUGCCUGCAGCCCGCAAGCUCCUGGGCACGGCCAUAGGUCUCUGCCCUAAGGACAAGCUCUUCCGCGGCUACAUUGACCUGGAGAUACAGCUUAGGGAGUUUGAUCGCUGUCGCAUCCUUUACCAGAAGUUUCUCGAGUUUGCGCCCGAGAACUGCACCACUUGGAUGAAGUAUGCAGAGUUGGAGACGAUCCUGGGGGACGUGGAGCGAGCGCGGGCCAUUUUUGAGAUUGCCAUCAGCCAGCCCCGCUUGGACAUGCCGGAGGUGAUCUGGAAGAGCUACGUUGACUUUGAGAUCGAGCAGGAGCAGUACCAGCUGGCGGCACGUCUCUACGAACGCUUGCUUGAACGCACCCAGCACGUCAAGGUCUGGAUUAGCUAUGCGCACUUCCAGCUCAACUAUGGGGGCAAGGAUCCUGUUCCAUUGGCCAGGAACAUCUUCGAACGGGCCAAUAAGGAGCUCCGCAAUGCCGCUGAGAAGGAGGAACGCCUCAUGCUUCUUGAGUCUUGGGCAGAGUUUGAGGCCAGCCACGGGGAUGAGCAGAGCCAAGAGUCGGUUGCCAGGCAGAUGCCGAAGAAAGUCAAGAAGCGAAGGAAAAUCGUCAACGAAGACGGGUCGGAGGCCGGCUGGGAGGAGUACUUCGACUACAUCUUCCCGACGGAUGAGACGGCCAAGCCGCACCUCAAACUACUUGAAAUUGCCAAGAAGUGGAAGAAGCAGCAGCAGAAGCACGAGGAUGGCGACGGGGAGGAGGACGCCGACGACGACAGUCUGGGCGACACCAGCAGACAGGAGGCGUGACAGCUUUGACUCAUCUUCUUGCCGCUUCCGCCGGUUCCACAGUCGGCACUGCGUUACGCGUCCACCGUCGCGCAUUGUUGCGUCAGAACUCGACCGCAGCCACACAUCAUCUGUACAUACUAUACAUUUCAUCGCGGUGCUUGCAUACAAUCCUGUAAAUACAACUGGCACUUGCUUGUUUGUUUUUUCUCUCGU